CUGCCCCCUGUUCCGUGCAGACUCCGGGAUCUCUGUCACCUCACAGAAGUCGUUGCCCGUCGCGGGUGUAGGGCGCGAGCAGCGCAGGGCCGCCUCUCCCCCGCCCUCAGGCCGGGCCCGGGCUCGGGCCCCCGCUCCCUCCUCUCCCCACCCCAGUCGGGUACCGGAAGGUCCAAGCCGCUCCCGGGCGCCCGCGGGCCGUCGUGGCCGCCGCCACGGGUCCUGAUGGAGCCGCCGAAUCUCUAUCCGGUGAAGCUCUACGUGUACGACUUGUCCAAAGGCCUGGCCCGGCGGCUCAGCCCCAUCAUGCUGGGGAAACAACUGGAAGGCAUCUGGCACACCUCCAUAGUUGUACACAAGGAUGAGUUCUUCUUCGGCAGCGGUGGUAUCUCCAGCUGUCCCCCGGGAGGGACAUUGCUUGGACCCCCAGACACUGUGGUUGAUGUGGGGAACACAGAAGUCACAGAAGAGAUCUUUCUGGAAUAUCUUUCCUCCCUGGGGGAGUCUCUGUUCCGAGGAGAAGCCUACAACCUCUUUGAGCACAACUGUAACACCUUUAGCAAUGAAGUGGCACAGUUCCUGACUGGGCGGAAGAUCCCGUCCUACAUCACCGACCUGCCCUCUGAAGUCCUCUCCACGCCCUUUGGACAAGCACUUCGGCCCUUCCUGGACUCCAUCCAGAUCCAGCCUCCAGGAGGGAACUCUGUGGGCAGACCCAAUGGCCAAAGCUAACAGGACUGCACGGGACCGCCCGCCUUUCCAGGGCUUUUCCUUUUUAAACAAAACAAACCCUACCAGAUUUCUAUUUUAUAAUUUUACAUCAGAGCUAAUGGGGACGGCUUUUACAUUUCCCAGGGAAGGAGCUCAUCAGGCUGCACGUAGGACCAUGCUCCUGAGAAACAGAACAAUGCCGUCCCUUCUAAUAGUAUUAUACUAAUUUAUUAAGGCUGUCUUGUCUGUGAGUUCACUUUUGACGCUGUUGCCUAAGCGUCCUCUACCCUGGAGAAAGAGGGCGCUUGUUUCAACAGAAAGCAAGAGUCACAAUCUAAGAGAAUCCCAUGCCAGACCUUCUUCCCAGACAGUACCCACAUCCCACCCUGUGGCCACACCUGUGGGGCCCGGCUGAGUUUUAUACUGUCCGUUACCCUGGAGCAGUCACCCUCUGCCAGUCAGUGAACCAAAGGACUUGGUGUACAGGAGGCCAGCUGUAAGCUACCUGAAUCAACCUCAGUGAAUUCUUUACCCACAAGUUGACCCCCUCCUCCCCAAACAAGGGCACAGGUCACAGCUGGAUUAGCCAGAACCUCAGGAUGGUGGCAGCGGAGAUCAGAGAAAACAGGAUAAAGCCAUUCCUCCUAGACUGAGGGCCAGCCGUCUGCCUGUCCCUGAGCUGCUUUCUCAGCAGAGCUUGGCCUGUCACCUUUAAUGAAGGUCUAGGCUGUAGUGGCUGGGACUCAGGCCUUCUAUCUGCAAAUAAUGACAUCAGUUAUUUAGCCAGCCACCCAAACCAGUAUGAAUUUGUCAGCUGGGUACUGAGGGGACACGGUUGUUCAUGUCUCUGAUGUAGAAAGAAUACCAAAAUAAUCCAGAUUCAUGGUGGCAAAAACAUUUAGAGUGGUCUCCAUUAGGGACUCUCACAUUAUCCUCAGUGUGUCCUGAACACACACUCUCCAUUGUCGUACUGACCUUAGCCAUGUGGUUGGGCUGUGAGUGGGCAUUUUCCUAAUGUGCUGCUAGGAUUUCAUAGGCAGGCAACCCAGAUGUCAUUGACCUAGACUCUAGACACUAGAGGGAGACUUAAGGUUCCCUUUCAUGGGGUCAGCCUCCUACUAGCUAAUUUGGGGGACUAGAUAUGGAGAAGGGGACUCAGAGCAAGCACCUGAGGCUCAGCUCCACAUCUGUAGGAGCCCCUGCCAUGGCUUUCUGCCACUUCUGAGACUUGAGCCCAGUUGCUCCUUCUGGGGCAGGCCUUUCCUCCCUGCAAAGCUCCCGUUGGCCCAUAUCCUGCAGUCUUAUAGCCAUAGCAGGAGGCAUCAUUGGGGUCUCUGCCUUAGUGUUGACCAGUUACCUGACCACUGUCAAGUCCUGCUGGGAUGUCAAGUGACAGUUUGGGACAUGAAGGUUGGAGUCAA